CCUGGGUGCCCUGCUUUCUGAGCCAAUCCAAAUUUAGAUAAACACAAUAUUACGUCAUUGUUAUUGUGUCCAAGCUCCAGCUGCUGCUUUCGGGCAUUUCGCUUCCGUUAGACCUAAUAAUAGUGUAAACGUAUAACAUAUUAAUCAGCGAAAUGUCGCAUCGGAAGGACAUUGCUUCGGACGAGAGUUUACAAGGUUCGUGGGUUGAGCUGCACUUUAACGGGACUGGCUCUCAAGGUUCUGGUCAUCGGGGAAGCCAAGAACAAAUCCCCGGGUCCGUCCAGGAGGGCGACGUGGAGAAAAUGCUGCUGGAAGCUCAACGUGAGUCAGGCAGGAACAGCUCCAAGGGAAGCUCUCAGUGUAACAGCCCUCUGAGACCACAGACCCCCCUUCUACUCUGGAGAGGCUCAGAGGGAAACAGCUCACAGUCUGAUGAAGACUUCCAAGAGAGAAGAUGGGAAGUCGAAAACCUAAUGAAGAAAAAUGCUGACUGGAUCUGGGACUGGUCCAGUCGACCUGAGAACAGUCCACCCAAGGAGUUCCUGCUCAAGUACCCCAAGCGCUCAACCUCUCUCAGCAUAAGAAACACCAGCGUCAUGAAGAAAGGAGGCCUCCUUUCUGCUGAUUUUCUCACGCUUUUCCUUCCUUCGUUAAUCAUUUCUCACAUACUUGCUAUUGGCUUAGGGAUAUAUAUUGGGAGGCGCCUGACAACCCACAACACCUUCUAAUCUGGGUGGCGGUUGUGUUCGCACACCUGUUUGGCAUGCCUUAAUAUGGGACCUUGUGGAGAUUGAGGAAGUUGUGGCCAUGUGACACCCAGUGUAGUCUGUGUGCCAUCAGAGUGGCGAGCUGAGGAUCUCUCAUUGCUGUCACAAUAGUGACCAAUCCACUGCUCCUCGCUGUAGCUCCAAACCAUUUAGCUGCUUAUCUGCAUGAUUCAUCAUCCCUGAAAUCAGCUCUGAGACGUUACAUUAAAUUAUUUAAAUCAGCAGUGUAAUAAGAUCUUUUUGUAGCUUUAAAUGUGUGUAAAUGUUAUUUUCUUAGGGUGCAAGUCAUCUAAUCAGACUGCAUACUUGUACAUUAGCAAAUUGUGAUUAGAUUAGCACACAUUUAGUGCAUUUAAUCAUAAAUCAUAACCCUAUGUGACUGAUAGGGUUAUAGUCUGAAAUCAUUUAAUAAAGUAAAUAAAAACUCA